AUAAACAAAACCCUAGAAGGACACAUGCCCAUUAACAAUUCCGCCGCCCAUCUCAUCUCUCUUACUUCUCUUCAACUUUUUCUUUCUCUGAAUCUUCCAUCUCCGUGACUCCGUAUCUCUUCUUUCCGUGCAUCGAUUUCGUAUUAGCUCAAAGCUCAUGGCAACGAUAAUCCAACAUCCCGAGGUCGACAACUCGGAUAUAAUCCGACUUCCCGAGGUCGGCACCUCGGAUUUAAUCAGAAGGUUAAAGAGGACGACGCUCAUCGGCAGAAUUAUGAAUCCUGAGUUUCAGAAUGUAGAGUCUCUGGUUCAAAUGAUGCCCAAACUCUGGAAGCUAGAGAAUCGAGUGGUUGGUAUGGACUUGGGUCUAGGAACAUUCAAAUUCGAUUUCGAGAGAGAGGAAGAUAUCUUGGAGGUGAUGAAAAAUGAGCCUUUCAAUUUCAAUCAAUGGAUGGUUUCGAUCGUUAGGUGGGAACCGAUUAUACACAAAAACUACCCAUCGGCGAUCACAUUUUGGGUGAGAAUCUCCGGUGUUCCUCUGCGUUUCUCGACAGAUGAGACUUUCCGGGGAAUUGGGGAUGAGCUGGGCACUGUUCAAGAAGUGGACGAAGAUAAUGCGAUGGUGAAAGUGACUAUUGAUAGUACUAAACCGUUGUGUUUUGAAAUGCCGGUUUGGUUUGAAACGGGUGGUGAGCAGUUGGUGGUGGAGAUGCAGUACGAGAAGCUUUUUGGUUACUGUGAAUCUUGUUUUAGUCUUCGUCAUGAUAAAGAAUCUUGCCCAGAGAGGGAGUUACGCAAACAUGUUUUGGCAAAGGAAGAAGAAGACAAGGAUUUGAGUUAGUCGAACUAAAGAUGGUUCACAUGUGUGUUUGAUUAUGUAUGUAUCUCGAAGGAGAAA